GCCGCCACGCAGCUCGUGCUGGGUUUCCAGCCGCGGGCCUUCAACGCUCUGUGCCUGGGCAGCGGCGCGCUCCGCCUGGCGCUCGGCCUCCUGCAGCUGCUGCCCGGGCGCCGGGCGGCCCCCGCGGGGUCCCCGCCGGCCCCGGCUCGCGCCCUCGCGUCCACCCGAAUCCUGCGCGCCGCUGUCGCCUGCGACGUGCUCGGCUGCCUGGGUGUCAUGGUCCGGGCGGCGGUGUGGCUAGGAUUCCCUGAUUUUGUUCAGACCAUGAAUGUGGGGAACGGGACGGACAUCUGGCCUGCCGCCUUCUGUGUGGGGAGUGCGGUGUGGAUCCAGCUGCUCUACAGCACCUGCUUCUGGUGGCUGUUCUGCUACGCGGUGGACGCCUACCUGGUGAUCCGGAGGUCGUCGGGACUGAGCAUCAUCCUGCUCUACCACCUCAUGGCCUGGGGCCUGGCCGUGCUGCUCGGCGCCGAGGGGCUGCUCAUGCUCUACCACCCGUCCCUGUCCAGGGAGCAAGCCGCCGUGGCCAUGGCUGCACCGUCCCUUGGCCAGCGUCCCCUCCAGGCAGCACCUGCCGGCUUCCCGCCCACCUGGGCUCCCCUGGCCGCCCCGCUGUGGCCUGGAGACUCCGGAGCAGCUGGGAAACUGGAGGGAGUGGCCUCGUUACUAAAAGGGAGACAAGGCGUCUACACGGAGAAGGAGAGGCGGAUGGGAGCCAUGAUCAAGACCCGAUUCUUCAAAAUCAUGCUGGUUGUCGUUGUCUGUUGGUUGUCGAACAUCAUCAAUGAAAGCCUUCUCUUCUAUCUGGAGAUGCAACCGGACAUCAACGGAGGCGCUUUGAAAUAUGUCAGAAAUGCAGCCAAGACCACGUGGUUUAUUAUGGGCAUACUGAAUCCCGCCCAAGGGUUCCUCUUGUCGCUGGCCUUCUACGGCUGGACCGGAUGCCGCCUGGACUUGCAGUCUCCCAGGAAGGAGAUCCAGUGGGAGCCCAUGACCAGCUCUGCCGCCGAGCGGGCCUGCCCCGCCCACCAGGGCCCCUGUGCGCCUGGUGACAGCCCCGCUUCCAGGAAGGUGGCACGUGUGGGCGGGCACACGUCGGACGAGGCCCUGAGCAUGCUGUCUGGAGGGUCUGAUGCCAGCACAAUCGAAAUCCAUAUUGCAAGCGGGUCCCGCCAGGCGAACGAGGUUGAAGGUGUUCCCAAAAUCCAGGGAGACCUGUGAGAGAGAAGGGGCCCGCCCCCCAUCCUCCGACUCCACAGCCCUUGUUCCUCAGAAGUGUUCUCACCUUCCCAGCGCCUCUGUCGAGGUGUCCCUCCCCCCAGGCUCACUCUCAUCACCAUGUCAGAGCAUCUUCCCGAGGGUCCUCUUUGUGAAAAGAGAAGCGACUGACGUGCGUGCCCUUAGGAAUGGAAGAGUGCCUUCUAGGCCAGUGAUUUCCGACCUCUGUGCCACAGGAAUAUGUACAACACGCAAUACCUGACUGUUUAGUCAGGGGCGCCGCCUCUUUCCCUUCGUUUGUCAAAUUAAAAAAAUGACAACAGCGAACACAAUAGCCGUCGGGUGUCAUUGAAUCAAAAGUUUGGCUAUUUUCUUUGUCAGAUGGGCAGAAUAUAUAUUUUUGGGGGUUGCCACCGAAUUUUAUGUGCCACAAGAUGAAAAGGUUAAAUAUCGCUGUUCCAGACCAAAUGCUCAGCAGCUUCUGUACACGCUGUAAUGUAAUGCCACGUCCAAGUCCCUGGGAAAGCUAAUAAAGUCAUUGAAACCAGG